GUUUCGCAAGCUUACUCUUGCGCUCGGCCCCUUCUGGCUUGACGUUUGUUGCCGAGGUAGCCGGCCCCGGCUUCACGGAUCGGAAGAUGUGUAAACAUGGCAGGCAGACAUGUAUCCCGAAGGCUAGAGGUGGAUCGGACCACUUCAGUCGGUUUCGCUAUCUUACAACGUUGAGGGCUGUAUUAAAGAUUGUCCCGAGGCUUUCCGUCGAUUAUUCAGGCGACGGUUCCAGACAGCUAUCGCAACUGAUCCUAUGGCCCGGCCUGGGGUGGCACCUCCUCGACUGGUCGUACACUUUCUAGCCAUCAGCGAGAGGAGUAACUGCACCGCGGUCGACGGGAUCCUUUGCGAUUUUCAAAGCCUUACGUAUCUCCCGUGCGACUUCGUGAUCUUGCGCUUACGUUCCGAUGGAUCCGACGGGCUUCUUCAUCUUCUUGGCUAUGGUAGAACAACGGUAUCGUUCGACCUGUCCCAGACUCUGGAGUUAGAAGGUGUCGAGUUCAACACCGCAGCCGACAGCCCCGUAGUGAUUGCCGGCAAGCUGGCUGCAUCGAAACCGGUUGGAUACGGACGGGCCAGAUGGGCCACCUCCCCUGCCACCACCUCUACCAAGCCUGCCUUGGCCUGGCAUAGGUUGCUUGCCUUGUCAUCAAGCGCUUGGGCCCGUGUCAGGCGAUUGCUGUCGUUGGGGGCGCAUACCUUGACGAGGUGGCUCUUCUUUGUACCGGAGCUGUCGGAAGCGUCCCUGAUCACGAUUGGUCGGUGCUACGACAAAGAAAGAGGCCAUUACUGACUCGAAAGUCGGGCCCAAACGUUGAGGGGUCAACAGGCCUGCCUCUGCUCCUCCGCCUGAUAGCGCAUUAUUGUUCUGCGCGACAACGUUUCAUACAUGGCUCCUACCAACUGACCCUCUUCGGUGUCUUCAUUGAACUGUAUGUUUUCCCAAUUGAGCAGCUGGAUACCAUGCUGGACAAGACCGGCGGCAAUCACGCCCAGACAGCGAGUAAUCGCAGCGAUUGCGAGGACUUGUCAAACACAAGGUUGGUAUAUAACGUCUCC